GCUCUCACAGUCAAACCAACUUGGAAGCUCAAGCUCAACUAAGAGGUUUCCAGACACUCCGAUAAUCUACUUUAUAAGGAAAAGGAUGGAAUCGGCUUCUUUCCUGUUGCUGUUUUGCGUGUGCGCCCAGACGCUUCUCCAAGUUUGGGGCACAGAGAGCGUGACGGCCCUGUAUGGAGAGACUAUUGUUGUGCCAUGCAACGGUGGAGCUCCACCCCUGAAUGAUCUGAUGUUCAUCAAGUGGAAAUACGAGAAAGCUGAUGGAAACCCUGGUGAUCUGUUGGUGAAACAGGAUCAGAAGGAUCAAGCCACAGUCCAGGCCACAGACGGCUACGCCCAGCGGGUCAGCAUCGAUGACAAGUUCAACCUCCUCAUCAGCCAGGCCACGCUCAACGACCAGAGGACCUUCACGUGCAUGGUGGUGUCGGCCACAAACCUCAUGGAGUACCCGGUGUCCGUUACCGUUAACAAGAAACCGUCGUCAGUUGAGAUCAUGGAUAAGGCUGAAGUUCUGCAGAAAGACAAACCAACAGUGGUGGGAACAUGUGUUGCAGCAGACGCCAACCCUGCAGCGACAGUCACAUGGAAGAAGAAUGGAAAGGCCUUGGUAGCCGACGGGAAAGCUGUUGUGAUCACCCCCAGCCUGAAGAUGGAUCCCGCCACGGGCCUGUCCACCACGUCCUCCACCCUUCAGUACGUGGCCACCAAAGAGGACGCCGGCGCCGUGUUCGCCUGCGAGUCCACGCACGAGCUGGCCAAUGAGGAGGUGGACGCUGGACCCUUUUCUGUUCACUAUCCAUCGGAGAAGGUUAGCCUUCAAAUCCUGACCAAGGGCCCCAUCGUGGAAGACGAUAACGUGACAUUGAAGUGUCACGCCGAUGGCAAUCCUCCGCCCAAAGCCUUCUUCUUUUUCAUCAAGGGCCACAAAGUGCGGGUGGAAAAUUCCGACACCUACACUUUGACUGCCAUCAGGAGGGAUGCGGCUGGUGAAUACAAAUGCUCUCUGGCUGACAAUGAGAAAAUGGAAGACUCCCAAACCAUCAACGUCAGCUACCUGGACCUGAGUCUGAAUCCCACCGGGAAGGUUGUGAAGACAGUAGGGGACACCUUGUCUGUGAAGAUUGAGAAGAGUGCCUCGGGCGAAGCUAUAGUGUCAUGGAGGAAGAACGGGAAGGCGGUGAACAAGCCGGAGUUAAAACUGACGUACGCCGACGCCGGUGUCUAUGAGUGUGGGGUGACCAUGGGGGGGCUCAUAAGACGCCAGAGCUUUGAGCUGGUCGUAGAGGGUGGUCCUGUCAUCACCAGUCUGACCAAAAAACGCGCCCUCGAUGCCACCCACAAAGUCCUGACCUGCGAGGCUCAGGGAGUACCAGAGCCCAGCUUCCAGUGGAGCAUUAAUGGCACCAACGAGGAGAGCUCCUACAUCAACGGGAAGGCCACCCAUAAAAUUACUGUAAUCCCCACCGUGAACCUGACCGUCACCUGCAUCGUCAGCAACAAACUGGGAGAAGAUGCCAUGACCAUCAAUGUCUCCUCUGUUUUUAAUGAAGAAAAAGAGAGAAAAGACCCCCUUGAGGAUUCAGACGACCAGGCGAAGCUCAUAGUGGGCGUUGUGGCAGGGCUCCUUAUAGCUGCUGCCGUUGUGGGACUCAUCUACUGGCUCUACAUGAAGAAUUCGAGACAAGGAAGCUGGAAGACAAAUGAGAAGGAGGUGGGAACAUCUGAGGAGAGCAAGAAGCUAGAGGAAAACAAUCACACUGUUUAAGCCUGGGCGACUGGACGAACUGGAAUAAAAGAGAAGCAGUUGAAAGCGGCCUUGCAUCAUCUAAACUCCAGACUCCCAGUUGGCUGCUGACGCGCUCCAUCAGGCUCCACAUAAGCAGCAACAAUCAGAGUAAUUUUCCACCAAGUCCUGCCCACAGCCUGCUGUCCCUCCUCACCGUUUGAAGUCUGCACUGAGGCCGCCUCGUGUUACUGUGUGUCAUUUUGUUUUCGUGUUCCUGGUGAAUGCUCCCUGUUAUGUUUUAUUCGAGCGAUUCCAUGAGGCUGUGUGGUGAGGUUUCUUCUUUUGCCGCUCCGGUUUUUAUCCUCGAGGUCUUUCUUUCCUCUUUUUUUUUUUUUUUUUUUUUUGUUUGUUAAUUUGUUCUCCAAUUUCUUCAAAGAAUGUAAAUUCCUUGUACACUUUCUAAAGGCCUGUAUAGCAAAUCAUAAUUAUGCGUGUGCCCUGGCUGAGCAUGCCGAUUUUUAUUUUUAUUUUUACUUUUCUGUGCGCUGUGUGUGGAAAAGGCCUUUGACUGUGCUCAGAGAAAAAAAAAAAAGACACUUCACUGCUGUAUAACCAUACUGAAAAUGCCCUCAGAAGUAACAUCUCCAAGCUUUCGUGACAGUUAUUGACAUUUUUGACCUCUUCAGAAGAUAACCUCAGCAUCUCUUAACUCUGUUUUCUGUUUUUAACACUGGUAAAUGAUUCAUCUGAAUAGCUACUAAGUGGAAUCCCAGAGUGCUUUAUUUAUGCUCAUAAUAAUUAUAUAGAGAGCUGGGUGUACUGUGAAUGAUUUUUUAACAUGCAGUUUAUUUUAACUGUUGCCCGAAAAUGAAAACUUGCCGUGUUUGUGUCGAUGUAAAGCGAACUGAGCAUUAAGAAAAACCAACCACUAAUAAUGACUGCUUUCUUUCAUAUCCAUCACAGUCAUUUUCCCACUUCAGUACAAAUUGAUUUUUCUGAUUCAUGAGGGAUUUUCAUUCCUUUAUGUUCAUCUUUUACAGGCAAAAGAAGUGUAACACUUAAUUCACUGGCAAAAAGUUUGUUCUGCGAUUGUUUUUUUGUUUUUUUUUUUGGGGGGGGGGGGGUGUUCAUGCUAAAAUGAUUGAUUUGUUCACCUGUGGUUUUCGUUACAUACACUACGAUGUUGUCUUCAUGCCUUCACGCGUACCAUCCUUUAAGACCAUGGUUUUUAGGCUAGAUUUCAUGUUUUCUUGAUUCAUUUUGGAAGAGCUUUACUGAUGCCAGGUCUGAAUGUUCUGUCUUUUUGAGUUUUUGAUGUAUUUAUAUUCUGCGUGCAACCUCCCUGGAUGGCUGUGCUGCAGCAAGCUAGAUAAUUCUCUUUUUUUUUUUUUUGCCUUUUUGGAAGGCUUCAUCAAGUGUUGCAACGGUACUGUACGCUCCGAGAGUUACAUGUGCGAGCGGCUGCAGUAUCUGCGCUCAUUCUCUGCUGUAUUAAUAUUAUUAUUGUUAUUUGUGUUUUUUUUUAUUUUAAGCUCACUGAUCUGACGAAUAACCUGUGUGGAGGAGAGUUGUUGAGAUUGGCAGAUUAGAUGAGACUUGUACAUCAGUCUAUUCUGGCUCAUCCCACAAUGCAACACUACAGUGACCCAAAAAAAAAAAAAAAAAAAAAACAGAAAGCAUUGGCAGUUGAGGGACAGUUGGACAUUUUCAGG